AUGAAGAUCGAGCAGUGCUCGUUUAGUGGGUACAAGAUCUACCCUGGCCAUGGGAAACGCAUGGUGAAAGCCGACGGGAAAAUCUUCCAGUUUCUCAACUCCAAGUGCGAAGCUGCCCACAUGCUGCGUCGGUCCCCGCGCGAAGUCCCGUGGACUGUGCUCUACCGCCGGAAGCACAAGAAGGGCCAAGAAGAGGAGACCAUCAAGAAGAAGACCCGCAAGACCACAAAGUUCCAGCGCGCCAUUGUUGGUGCCACGCUGACGGACAUCAUGGCCAAGAGGAACCAGAAGCCGGAGUUCAGGAAGGCGCAGCGAGAGCACGCUAUUCGCGCGGCCAAGGAGAAGACGCGUACGUUGAAGGCGACCAAAAAGGCGGCGCAGGCCCCGCCGAAGGCGGCGAAAACGACGGCGCCGAAAACCAAGACGGUGAAGCCUGUGCAGAAGGGGGCGCCACGCGUUGGUGGAAAGCGAUGA